AUGGUCGAGAUACAGGAGAAAUCUAUUGAAAUUUCUGGGAGUGGUUAUGUACCUGAUGACUUACCCGAUGAACCGGUCAACUUUCAUUUCAAUACAACUAGAAUUACUCCGAAUGUUUCUAUAAUACCAGAAAAUUUCUCUUCCCCUUGUGGUCAACAGUUUGAUAAUUUAACAUGUAAUCUUCUCAAUGGUUUCACUGCCCUAUUUUGCAUUUUGGGCCUGGUGGGAAAUGGAAGGACAAUUUAUCUCCUGGCCUUUUCCAUUAAGAGGAAUCCUUUCACCACGUUCAUCCUGAAUCUCUCCAUCGCUGAUUUUGGGGUCCUCACAUCCCUCAUUACUGCCGCUAUAUUUGUGUCAGUGUCUACUCUGAGUGAAAGAACAUACACUGUCGAUGUCUUUUUCUUCUUACUUUUUGAGUUCUUUUUCUUCACCUAUUCUGCCAGCCAGUUUCUGCUGAUGGUCAUCAGCCUGGACAGGUGUGUGGCUGUCCUCUUCCCUCUCUGGCAUCGCUGCCAUCGUCCAUCCUAUCUGUCUCCCCUUGUUUGUGGCCUCAUCUGGAUCCUCUCCUUCCUGCUCUCUGCGGUGCACUUCAUUCUCCAUCAGACCAGGACUAUUGGAAAGUCACCUUUGGUUCACCAGCUGAUUGUCAAUGGUUUACUUUGCACACCUCUCAUGGUUGCGUCUACGGUGACUCUCUCGAUUUACAUAAGGUCUAAAAUGCAACGCAAUCAAAGGAAACUUCUCACCACCAUCUUUCUGGCUCUCCUUUGCUUCCUCCUGCUUUCUCUCCCAAUGAAUGUCUUUUAUGCCAUGGAAUAUUUUGAUAGACAUAAUCUCCUCCUCAUGACCAUUGGGAUAGGAUGUGCCAUUCUCAACAGCAGCAUCAACCCACUCCUUUAUUUCUUAGUGGGGAGGAAGAAGGGGGGAAAGGGUCAGCCCAGAGCAUCUUACAAGGUUGCUCUGCAAAGAGUCUUCAAGGAUGAGCAGGGAAGCCUGGAAGAGCAGGCAAACAUGAAGGAAAGCCAGGUGUGA